AAUCCGUAAUUGGACGAGCUUUUAGUUUGCUUGUGUAAUUGUGUCAUUAUUUUGUCAUUUGCGUUUAUAAACACGUUGUUUUUUUUGGCUAAUUUUAAUAGCGAUAUACUGUGUGACAAUAAUACAGUAGGUUGUUUCUCGAUCACAGCUGUGUAACGGAAGAUCUUAUAUUUAACGAUGGUUGUAGUUAUGGUAUGGGAAUAGCAUUUUAUGUAUUAGCUUAGGCUCAUAUUUUUGUCACUGGCUUCAACUGUACCAACUGCAUUUUGUGCCUAGCAUGGCCUGCAAAGCCGCAGUUUAGAAUGCCAGUAUAUUGGUUUUGACUUUACAAUAGGUUAAUUACACGUCCAUUUGCAGAAAUCGAUUCCAAAAUCGUCCGCUAAAAACGCGACAUCUCUUUGAACGAGAAAGAAAAGGUCCACAAGCUGCGCGAUGUUUAGCUGGCUAAGUACUGACGAUAGGAGAAAAAGAGACCCUGAGGUGUUUCAGACCGUCAGCGAGGGACUCAAGAAGCUCUACAAAACUAAACUCCUUCCCUUAGAAGAACAUUACAAGUUCCAUGAGUUCCACUCUCCUGCAUUGGAGGAUGCGGACUUCGACAAUAAGCCUAUGCUUCUGCUUGUGGGACAAUAUUCCACUGGGAAAACGAGCUUUAUCCGAUACUUGCUGGAACAAGACUUCCCAGGCAUGCGGAUUGGUCCAGAACCAACUACAGACUCUUUUAUUGCUGUUAUGCAUGGAGACAUAGAAGGCUUAAUCCCAGGCAAUGCUCUGGUGGUGGAUCCAAAAAAGCCAUUUCGAAAGCUCAAUGCAUUUGGCAACGCUUUCCUCAACAGGUUUGUGUGUGCUCAACUCCCCAACCCUGUUCUGGAAAGUAUCAGUGUGAUUGACACUCCAGGAAUCCUCUCUGGAGAAAAGCAGAGAAUUAGCAGAGGCUACGACUUUGCUGCUGUACUGGAGUGGUUUGCUGAGCGUGUGGACCGUAUUAUUUUGCUGUUUGAUGCUCACAAGCUUGACAUUUCUGAUGAGUUUUCUGAGGUGAUCAAGGCCUUAAAGAACCACGAGGACAAGAUCCGUGUGGUACUCAACAAAGCUGACCAAAUUGAAACUCAACAGCUGAUGCGUGUCUAUGGUGCCCUAAUGUGGUCUUUGGGUAAAAUCGUCAACACACCCGAGGUGAUCCGUGUGUACAUUGGUUCCUUCUGGUCACACCCACUGCUCAUCCCAGAUAAUCGUAAGCUGUUUGAGGCAGAAGAGCAGGACCUGUUUAAGGACAUCCAGUCUCUACCACGCAAUGCUGCCUUACGCAAGCUUAACGACCUUAUCAAACGGGCUCGACUUGCAAAGGUACAUGCCUACAUUAUCAGUUCUUUGAAAAAGGACAUGCCAUCAGUCUUUGGAAAAGAAAACAAGAAGAAGGAGCUGAUCAGCAGCCUGGGAGAGGUCUAUAGUCGAAUUGAGAGGGAACAUCAGAUUUCUCCAGGAGACUUCCCCAAUUUGAAAAAAAUGCAGGAGCAGCUUCAAGCCCAUGAUCUGAACAAGUUUCAACCAUUAAAACCAAAACUGUUAGAUGCUGUGGAUGACAUGUUGGCACAUGACAUUGCCCAACUGAUGGUACUGGUGCGACAAGAAGAAACACAGUGGCCUGGCCAAGUGGUGAAGGGUGGUGCAUUUGAGGGCACCAUGAAUGGGCCAUUUGGCCAUGGGUAUGGUGAGGGUGCUGGUGAGGGCAUUGAUGAGCUUGAGUGGGUGGUCGCACGAGACAAGCCCACAUAUGACGAGAUCUUUUACACACUCUCCCCUAUUAAUGGCAAGGUGAGUGGUGCCAAUGCAAAGAAGGAGAUGGUGAAGUCAAAGCUGCCCAAUACAGUUUUGGGAAAGAUCUGGAAGCUGGCUGACAUUGACAAGGAUGGCAUGCUGGACGAUGAAGAGUUUGCUCUGGCUAACCAUCUUAUAAAGGUAAAACUGGAAGGACACGAGCUUCCCAGUGAGAUUCCAGCCCAUUUGGUGCCUCCUUCAAAGAGAAAAAUACCAGAGUAAAACAAAGCAGGAUAUGGGUCAUAUUUUAGAAAAGUGUUUAUUAGGGCUUCUUAUGCUGAACACUGUGUGGACGUUAUACUGUCUGUAUUAAUGAAAUGUUGAUGACUACUCAGAAUUUUGCCUAGUCAAAGGGGUAGGUGACAUUAUGUCUGAUAACUCCUUUAACCAGUGUAUGUUUUGAUUAACUUUUAAAAAAUUCAAGUUCCAUGCAAGAUUUACUAAUAAUAUCAGUUGUAAAGCAUACUUAAACAAAACACUUGUUUUAAAUAGAUUAAAGCCACUUUUCGCAAAAUACACUGCAUUGUCAGGACCAAAAGCAAGCCAUAAUGUCUGAGGAAGUGUCUGUUUAUCUCGAUAAUCAAAGGCAUAGAUCAGGGCUUGGAUGUAAAACAAUAUGUAAGACUUUGAGUGUUUACAGGACCACAGUGGGCUCACUAAUUUUGAAGUCGAGGAAGCUUGGCACAACUUUGAACCUUUGUGGAGUUGGCUGUGUGUGCACAUUGAAUAUUUCUUUGGUCAGGUUUAAGACACAACUUGUCUUGGCUUGUCUGUUGUGUAUGUAUGGAACUUGACAGUUUGUUGUACAUCAGCCGUGAUUAAUACUAUUGAAGUAUUUUGAAUGCUAACUUAAAUCCUAUUAGACUAACCAAUAUUACAGCAGUAACAUUAAGACUUUAAUUAAUUAACAUUUUGUCUGGUCAGGACAUAUUUAGCCCUAUUAUUGCUUUAUGUAAAUGCAUGUACCCUGUGAGACAUGCUUUAGGCCACUGUUGCGGUCCAGCAGUACCAGUACUUUUAACACUGUAACUGUUAAACAAUGCUAUUCUUGUUUUAAAACCAUUUAGUGGUGUAAAAUAUUUAAACCCUUACCCAAUUUCUACAAUUUUUACCAAUUUCUCAUAUUAAAAGGUUGCAGAUCUUCCUAUACAUUUUAAUACAAGAUAGACAACAGUAAACACAAAAAUGUAGCUUAAUAUGAUAAUUUGGUUUGUUUGAAGAUUUAUUCCAAAUCUGAGUAAGCUAUUUUAAAAAGUAAUUGCCCCCCUAAACAUAAUAGCUGGUUGUGCCACCCUUGGCAUUAAGAACUGCAAUCAAAGUUUUGUGAUACCUUGUGAUAUUUUAAAAGGCUGUCAAGGAAUUUUGGCCCACUUUUCUUUGCAGAGUUAUUUUAAUUGGCUACAUUGAAGGUUUUUUCGAGCAUGAACUGCCUAUUUAAGGUCAAUCUCAGUGGUAUUCAGAUCGGGGCUUUUACUCGGCCCUUAAUUUUGUUUCUUUUUUGUGCCAUUCAGAGGUCUUGCUUGUGUUCUUCGAAUCAUUAUCCUGCUACAUAUCCUGCUUUAGGUCACACACUGACAGGUGGACAUUCUCCUUUAGGGUUUUCAGGUAGAUGUCAUAACUGAUGGAACCAUGAAUUCUAGCAAGUCAGCAAGAUCUAGCAGAAGAAAGCCUGGGUAUAACUAGUGAAAUUUAACCCAGUUGUUAAUUGAAUUUGGUACAUUGGUUAAUUUAGUGGCUAAGUAGGCAAUUACUUUUUCAUUUAGGACCAGGUAGGGCUGAACAGCAUUUCCCUUCAGUAAACAGAAUCAUGGGCAUCAGAGACAUUACCAGAAGGUCCUUUAACUUAUGUAUGUUGCGAAGCGCUUCAUUUUUCAGUGCAUCCUUGUGCCACCUGGUGCACCCCUUAUUUCGGUGAUCUCUUCUUGCAACCCAGUCAUCUUAGCAAAACUGUUUGACUCUUAUCAAAGUCACUCAGGUCUUUAUGCCGCUUUUAUCUGGUCCUGACCAUGACAUGCACAGUUGUUAUGAAAUAGGGAUUGUCCUGCACAUUUUUGGGAGGUGGGCCUAAUAUUUUGGCUCAUUGGGGUAUAGUCCAUUGAACCACAAAAGUUAGAAAUUUUCCUAAUUAUCUUGUAUGGUGAUCACCUCAAGCUUGUAUAUUUUCAAGUACUAAAAGUUCAAAACUGACCCUGUUUUUGUGUUUGUAUAACUUAUACAAUAAACUAAUAGACAUCUGAUAAUAAACUAUCAAUUAUUACAUCAA